GGUGGCAGAAUCGUACUUUGUUUUUCUUCAGCUGGAACUGAGGCGUUAAUCAGGGUGGAGGGAAUACUGAAUAGCUCCACCUACUAGUCAAUUUUGGCGCAAAACUUUAAAUCUUCUGCUAAAACACGUAAGAUGAAGAGGAAUUUCAGCUUUCAGCAUAACGACCCGAAACAAACCUCCAGAUCGACGAAGGAACGGCUUCACCAAAACAAGUUCAAGGUUUUAGAAUGGCCCAAGAGUCCAGAUCUAAAAUCCAAUCAAAAAUCUGUGGGGUGACCUGAAGAGUUAGAAUGCUUUUGCCGAACGGAUUGACUUUUACCCCAAAAUACUGAAUGCUGUGAUAAAAUCUACAGGUGCUUCAACUAAGUAGUAUUAGUUUAGAGCUGUAACACAGUCAGGUUGUUGUACAUUUGGUAUUUAUCAGUUUUUUCCCCCCUAAAAUGAUGAAUAUUAUUAUAAUUUUUUUUCACUUUAAUAUAUAGAUUAAAAUUUCUCUCUCUCUCUCUCUCUCUCACACACACACAACCCUAAAUAAAUAAAAACAGCAUUUAUGUGUAAUUAUCACAAAAGGUAGUUUAUUAAAAUAAAUUUCCUUCCUUUCAGUAUUGGUUGAGGCUUCCCUUGUUAUGCGUGAUUUGCAGACAUAUUAUAAAGAAGAAUUGUCCUCCGACAGUAUUAGCACAUCAAUAGGGCUGAGUGUCAAAUGUGUGCAGCGUUCACGCCCGUCACGGCCCUUGUGGCAGUUGUGGGAAAAUAGCUGUUCUACUGCUAUAGAGUUUUGUGUGUGUGUGUGUGUGUGUGUGUGUCCUUUUCUGGUUUGAAGCGUGUGUGUGAUCCCUAAACAUUGCAGACAUCGCAAAGAGCUUUGUUGAAAAAGAAAAUCCGAAUUCACAAAUGAAACAAAUGGUGGAGAGAGAGAGGGAGAAUGCCAUGUAAUGCUCACUCGACCAUUAGCUUAUAUUUGUUUUGCAUUGAUCUGGGGAACUUCCGCCCAAGCCGUUUUAUGUUCUUGCUGAUCGUUUGGGUGAGGGCCAUUUUUUUUUUUUUCUCAUUUCAAUCUCGUAAUUCAUGAUGCUGGAUUAAGUGGACAGAUGUUUACUGCUGUUGCAAAGCUAAAGCCGUGUUUGAUUCUGUUCCUUAGACUUGGAAAUAAUCCUAAUCAUACACAUUGUUUUUCGUCUCGCCCACGCCGGAUUAAAUCUUUAGUUUAUGGGUAUUAGUCUGAGGGCAGUGCUUUUGGCAGUCGAAAAGGAAACGCAGACGAGUCUGGCUUUUUAAUUUUGCCUGAAGUUGUUGUUUAGCUGUUGGGCAUGGUGCGCUUUCAAAGCAUCGACACUGUGAGAUCCAGUUACAAAAUGAGCCAAGAUGCGCUGGAGUCCGACGCGGACUCUGGUCAGGACGUGUCAGAAUUUAACUGGGACGAUUACCUGGAGGAGACGGGCGCUCUGUCCGUACCUCACCAUGCCUUCAAACAUAUGGAUCAAGGCCUGCAGACGGGUCUGACUCCUGGUAUGAAGCUGGAGGUUCCGGUGCGUGGAGAACCCGACGGCGCUUACUGGGUGGCCACCAUCAUCACUACCUGCGGCCAACUGCUCCUGUUACGCUACGAAGGCUACCACGACGACCGGCGCGCCGACUUUUGGUGUGACGUCAUGACCGCCGACCUGCACCCCAUCGGCUGGAGCAGGCAGCAGGGUCGACCCAUGAGACCGCCUGAGGGCGUGCGAGAGAAGCAUCAGGACUGGGAGUCCCUGCUGGAGAAAUCUCUGUCAGAAUCCUGCAGCGCACCGGUCAACCUGCUAGAAGGGGCCCAGCGUGGCUGCAACCCUGUAGACCUGCUGAGUCCGGGUCUCGGCGUGGAGCUGGUGGAUAAAGAGGAUGCCGGAGUGGUCUGGGGCGCAGCGAUCGAGGAGAACGUCGGGGGCCGACUCCGUCUCCGCUAUGCUGGCACAGAAGGACUCCCUGACACACACUCCAUCACCUGGGUCUUCUACCUGAACCCCCUGCUCCACCUCCCCGGCUGGGCCAAAGAGCACGGCUGCAUCCUCAGACCUCCAUCAGUUUUGCUUCCAUUACGCACUAAGGAGGAAUGGGAGGAAGUGAGACAAACCAUCACUAAUCAGCCACAGGAUUCGAGUAUUAGUGAAGAGUUCUAUAAGGAUCGUCCAGCCAUCACUCCGCACUGCUUCACUGAGGGGAUGAAGCUGGAGGCAGUUGAUCCUGUUGCCCCUUUCACCAUCAGCCCUGCUUCUGUUGCCAAGGUGUUCAGUGAUCAGUUCUUCCUGGUGCAGAUGGAUGAUAUGAGAGAGGAAGUCGAGAGAAAAGGAGGAAGUAGAUUGUUCGUGUGUCACAGGGACAGUCCUGGAAUCUUUCCUGCUCAGUGGAGUUUCAAGAAUGGAGUGAAGAUCAGUCCACCAGCAGGGUUCCAAGGGCAGGACUUUGACUGGGCUGACUAUCUGAAGCAGUGCGAGGCCGAGCCAGCCCCGCAACACUGCUUCCCCUCCGACCCCUCGGAUCAGUGCUACAGAGAGUCCAUGAUGCUGGAGGCCGUUGAUCCUGUUUGCCCGCAAAACAUUCAUGUGGCCACAGUCACCAAGGUCAAAGGUCAACAUAUCUGGAUUAGACUAGAAGGAGUGAAGCAGCCUGUUCCAGAGAUCAUAACGCAUAUGGACUCCAUGGACAUCUUCCCUGUUAGCUGGUGUGAAACUAAUGGCUACCCUCUUCAGUACCCCUGCAAACCCAAAGUGGAAAAGCAGAAGAAAAUCGCCGUGGUCCAACCGGAGAGACACAGAGUGCCAGCUAAAGACUCCUCCCCUGAUGCCCUCAAACAACCUCUGAACAGUCAGACCGAGAUGAGUCAGGCCAACGGGAAGUACACCUGCCCCAAGAUCUACUUCAACCACAGGUGUUUCUCCGGUCCGUACCUCAAUAAGGGCCGCAUCGCAGAGCUGCCACAGUGCGUAGGUCCGGGCAGCUGCGUCCUGGUGCUCAAGGAGGUGCUGUCGCUGCUGAUAAACUCGGCCUACAAGCCCAGUCGGGUGCUCCGUGAGCUCCAGCUGGACCAGGAGGGACGCUGGCAGGGUCAUGGAGAGAUUCUCAAAGCCAAGUACAAAGGGAAGAGCUACAGGGCGACAGUGGAGAUCGUUCGUACCGCGGACCGUGUGGCCGAGUUCUGCAGAAGAACCUGCGUGAAGCUGGAGUGCUGUCCUAAUCUGUUCGGGCCGCGCAUGGUGCUGGAGCGAUGCUCGGAGAACUGCUCCGUACUCACCAAAACCAAAUACACAUAUUACUAUGGGAAGAAGAAGAGUCGACGUGUAGGUCGUCCACCGGGAGGCCACACCAACAUGGAUGCGGUUGUGAAGAGACGAGGCAGGAGGAAGAAGAGAAGGAAGCAGCUGUUCGUCCACAAGAAGAGACGCUCCUCCGCCUCCGUGGACAACACGCCUGCAGGGUCUCCUCAGGGAAGCGCCGACGAGGAAGACCUGGACGAAGACGACUCUCUGAGCGACGACAGCGGCUCCGAGCAGGACGAGUUGAUGGAAGAUUCAGAAUACUCCGAAAAGAAAUCACAGCCCCCGACACCCUCACCCUCUCCUCCUGAAACUCCCCGACCCACCCGCCGGCGCCGCAAAGCUCGCUCACCUUCAUGCUCGGACGAUGAGAACAGACCUCCGUCACCCAAAAGUCCCUUUCCUGAGGCUCCUCAGAAGCUCUGCUUGGACAGCAGUCCCCUGGAGUGGAGCGUUACAGACGUGGUGCGUUUCAUCAGGACCACCGACUGUGCUCCACUCGCACGCAUCUUCAUGGAUCAGGAGAUUGAUGGUCAGGCCCUGCUGCUGCUAAAUCUGCCCACUGUGCAGGAGUGUAUGGACCUGAAACUCGGUCCCGCCAUUAAGCUGUGCCAUCACAUCGAGAGGGUCAAACUAGCAUUUUACCAGCAGUUUGCCAGCUGAGAGUUGCAGGAUGAGACGGCGGGGGGAGGAUUUUUUUUUUAUUUCUCAUUAUGUGUGUGUGUGUGUGUGUGUGUGUGUGUGUGUGCGCUUUUGUUUAGUUUUUUCUUUCCCCCUUUUGAGUUUUGUUCUAGACAAAAAUAAGCUACUGAAGGGGAAAUUGGUGUGGGAGACAUCAGUGGUGUUUGUCACAAAGCUCUGCUCAAACUGAACCCGCCCACGUUAUAGGUGAUUUUUACCAGGUUUACUCGAGUUAAUAAUCAGUCAUUAGGUGGCGUUCUCCUUAAGGCUCAGGCGAGCUGUUCGUUUCUGAAACCUUUAAUAAUCGUAGAGCGGACGACAAUGCAAGAAUCUUAAGCACAAAGACCAGUUGCCCGUGUACAGUAAGUGGUAUGCAAACGUGUACAUAGUAGUUUGUCUGUAUAUAAGUGUAAAUAUCAGAUAUUCCCUUUAGUGGGAUUAAAUGUCCCAGUUCCUUUUUUUUUUUUUUUUUAAAUAACAAAGCUUGAAAAUUACACUGUAAGUAAACACAAACAUUAAUUUUCAGGCCUGCUAUUUGGUUUUGUGGUGCCACCUCCCACCGCACCCCACCCUAUCCCACCCUAUCCCACCCUACCCCCUCAGACCAAUCUCAGUCUGACUCUCGUAUUCAAGCGGAGAAGUGUCACUGCAUUAAAACAAUUACAUUUAAUGCAAUAUAACAACGUUAAUGUGAUUAAUGUCGUGGUUAGUAUUCAAGCACACAAAGGAUUCAGGUUAUUGUAUAAAAAAUUUGGGAUGAUCUAUCCGAUUCUAAAACAAUAACGUAUGCAAGACUAGAAUUGGCUUCGACUCGUAAGGCUUUGGCUUCAAGCAUUGCGUUUGUAUUUAGAGUGCUCUCAAGAGGAAUUCAACAAACCUCAUUUUGAUUCAGUUUUCCCGUUUUAUCUCAUUCCCUCUCCAAGCGUUUGUGCUAAAAAUGGUGAAUUUUGCAGGCAUAUUGUGUGUGUGCGUGUGUGCGUGCGUGCGUGCGUGCGUGUGUGUGCGUCUUCUUACCCUGUUUGAUUUGAUUCCAAUUUUUUUUCCAGUUUGGUCAAAAAAACAUUUGAAUUAAUGUUAAAUUUACAUUUAAAUUGUAUAUGUUUGUGAAAUGUUAUUUAAAAGAAACUGAACUAAACUGGAGCUAUUGUUUCGUCUCUUUCAAAAGGGGUGCUGUAAAUAAAUUCCAUAAUUGCU